AGCCACGGGGGGCCUCGGCCCACGGCUCCCCUAGACCGUCCUCCCGCCAGCCCUUCGGCCCUAGCUCCCUGCGGUCACCUCCGAGCCCGUCAUAGGGCUGGGCCCCCUCCCCCUCCUCAGGGGCACCCUCCCGGCACUGGGGUCCCGCAGGCCGGGGCCCCUCGCUGCGCCUGCCAGGGGGGCCAGUCCGCGGGGAGGGGGGCUACAACACAGGAGGGGCCGGACUCCUGGGUUCAGCUCCCAGCCGUGGGGGAGCCGAGCCGGGGGGGAAUAGAGCAAAGGGAUGGGAAGCAGAAACAGGACUCCUGGGUUCUUUUCCCUAGUUCUGUCAAUGAGGCCGUUUAGACCAGUCACUUCUUAGUGUAUAAGGUGGGAAUCAUACUUGUGCUUUGGGAUCCUCCCGGGAAAGGUACAAAAUGUAGAGCUAAAGGGUUUUGAUGUUUGCUGUGCUGAAUGCCUGCUCCGCUAUGCCUUUGCCAGGGGAAGCUCCCUCACCUUUCCUGUACUUCUGGGAAAGCAGUCAGUGAGCUGUCCAGCAGUAUGCAUGUUAGUGAGGUGCUGUCAGAUUACACUUUCACACUGCACCUUGCUAUGGUGACAGCACAGAAUGGAAGUAGUCUGUUUAAUUCAGUGAAAAGUCUGAUCUGCUCUGUCUUGUCCAGGGGCAGCUGAAGAUUACAGAAAGCACUGAUCUCUUUUCCCACAUCUUUGGAGUAGUGGGAAGAACAUACAACAGAUAAUUCCAAGGCAACAUGGCUUUCUACAGCUGUAACAUAGUCCUCGCAAUAGCCAGGUCAAGUUUCAGAGGCCCUCAUCAUUUUGUGCACUCCAGCUGUUCUCCAUAUUCCUCAUCAGUUGCAUUUGUCCAACUAGUGGAUUCUCAUUUAAACCGAAUUUACGUGAAAGACUCUGAAAACCAGCAGUUACUGUACUGCACACAGCUGGCCCCUGGACUAUCUCACCUACGAACUACAGCAGUGCGAACACUGCACACCUCUGCUUACUGGCAUCAAGAACUCCAAGAUAAAUCUGAGCUGCACCAAAGAACAAUAAACCAGGACACUGAGCAUACUAAAACUCUGUCAGACCAAAGCACAGAGAGUGGUGUGGGGAAAAAGUCUUUACGCCAAAGAAUUGUAGAUGAACUGAAACAUUAUUACAAUGGAUUCCACUUGCUUUGGAUUGACACAAAGGUCGCUGCCAGGAUGGUAUGGAGGCUGCUACAUGGUCAGGUUCUCACUAGAAGAGAGAGGCGAAGGCUACUGAGGACGUGUGCUGAUCUCUUCCGGUUGGUUCCCUUCUUGGUGUUCAUCAUUGUGCCCUUCAUGGAGUUCCUGUUACCUGUAUUUCUGAAACUCUUUCCUGAAAUGUUGCCCUCAACUUUUGAGACGGAAUCAAAAAAGGAAGAAAAACAGAAAAAGAAACUAAGCGCCACGUUAGAGCUUGCAAAAUUCCUGCAGGAGACUAUUACCGAGAUGGCCAAAAGGAAUAAAGCAAAUACGGGAGAGGCUACCAAGCAGUUCUCUUCCUAUGUGCAACAGGUUCGUCAUGCUGGCCACCAGCCCAGCACCCAGGAGAUCGUGAGCUUCUCCAAGCUCUUCGAGGAUGAGCUGACUCUUGAACACUUAGAACGGCCACAGCUGGUAGCCCUCUGCAAACUGCUCGAACUACAGCCCAUUGGCACCAAUAACCUACUCCGCUUCCAGCUUUUGAUGCAGCUCAGGUCUAUAAAAGCAGAUGAUGAAAUGAUUGCUAAGGAAGGUGUUAAUGGGCUAAGUGUAUCCGAACUGCAGAGUGCAUGCAGGGCCAGAGGAAUGCGAUCACUGGGUCUCACAGAGGAACAGCUGAAAGAACAACUCAAUCAGUGGCUAGAUCUACAUCUAAAGGAGAAUGUUCCUCCUUCUCUGCUGCUGCUUUCUCGCGCCUUGUACUUGAUAGACGUGAAGCCGAAACCGAUUCAGUUGUCGCAGAAUGAGGUUCGGGUUAGUGACGCUGCAGAAACACCAGUUCUUGAACUUAAAGAAACCUUAGUGGAUUCUGCACCCAUUGUGCAAGGAAGAAAGGGAGAAGAAUUUAUAUCACAGCCAUCGGAGAUGUUACCAAUCCCUGGAGUAUCUGUCAAGCCUCCUCCAGGAGAGACCAAAAUGCAGGCAUCUCAGAGCAGCAAGGCCAGUGCCAAUGGAGUCUAGCCCUGCGCCAGCAAGGACCAUGGAUCAAGGGCACCGACAGAGGAAGACUCCAUUCCUCUGUACCUCGUCUCACCCAACGACUGGGUGAGCAGUCUGUUGGCAGGCUCCCUCCCACACCAAGGCUUUCAGCUGUCCCCGGGGGGCUCAAUCAAUUCCAGAUUGUUUUAUUAGCAGCGAGGCCAUAUAAAGGACACAUCCCAUUUAAAAUCCCCUCUAUAAAUUAAGUUAUAUUGUAAAUAUGUAAAUACGUCUAUUAAAAUGCUCUAAGCUGUAACUUAUCCGAUGGCUAUGUGUCCUACAGUUUAGAUUUGUGCUCUUUAGUAAGGCAGCAUUUUAUUUUUAUGAAGGGCUGGAGAGCAGACAUGGGCUGGGUUUGGUGCUUCAGUCAAAAUAUCCCUCAUCUACACUGUGGAACCCUGUGCAGGAGCUUUGCCAUGCAGGCAGGGCUUGGCUUGACUGCUGAAGCAAUUUGUAUAGACCACAAGCCCUUGAUUAUCAUGGUAAUCUCCAUUUGUUAGCUAAUAUCUUGUGAUCAGAAUGGCUCAUCUUGCAGUUACAAUUAAACUAAUAUCAGUUGCUGUCAGGUUUUCACUGAGGAGAAUAAACAGUGUGCUGGAAGAGACUGCAGGCCUUCCCUCUUGUAUCUUCAGUGGGGAGAGGGCAUCCUCCAUUGCAUGCUGUACCUACUUUCUACCCACAGUUGGCGGCAGCAGCAUGGAGUCUGCCAGGAUCCCAAACACUAUUCUCGCACCAAUUUGCAAACAUGCCUUUUACAUGGCAAUAUCUUGCUAGGGAAUGUGCAGAAUGGCAAUGACCUGAACUUUCAAAUUAAAUUGUUUAGUUGUUUUAAAAUCAAGUCUGAGAUUAGACUUGUCUUUUAAAAUCUAAUCAUCUGAUUCUUAAAACUACCCAAUAACGAGUACUGGUGCAAUACUUUUUAAAAAACAAUUCUUUGUAUAUUUCAGUGGUAACUAUCUUCCUGGUAGACUGUACAGGAAGAGAUUGAAAAGUGGGGGUUUUUUUAAUGAUUUAAUUUUGGCCUCCUGUACCUGUAAAUGUUUGAAAUUUGCUUAUUUUAUGGAUAUAUUGAACCUGGAUAUUUCUGAUUACUGUAAAAUUAAAAGGACGUGGAUGCUGAGUGGAAUGUGACUCCUUGUGUGAGUCAGCCUGAAUCAUUAGAACCAUCACCUGGCUAAAGCACCAAUCAGCUCAGUUAGGCAUUAUCCACAUGUUACAGUUCAUUACGCCAGGGUCUUUUUUGUAAAGCAGAACCAACUCGGGGGGCAUAUUACAAUUGUACUGUAUUCUUGGUUAGUAAACGCCAUGUACCUGGCUGAUACAAAUCUCUGCUUUGCUAAUGCAAGUGUGGUAUGAAGAUGAACAGCUGUGGUGUCUUGCUAGCGGUAGCAGAAGACCAGUAUAAUUCCAAUAAAUGCCCUGCUGCUCCAGCA